AUGGACGACACUACAUUCGGCGAUAUUGGAAUAAAACCAUGGCUUUGUAAGGCAGCAAGUGAGGUUGGCAUUGUCAAUCCAACUGAGAUUCAGAAGAAAAGUAUCCCUGCUGUAUUGAGUGGUAAUCAUGUUAUUGGAGGAGCACAUACAGGAUCUGGUAAAACAGCAGCAUUUGCAUUGCCUGUUAUCCAAGACUUAUCAAAUGAUCCUUAUGGCAUAUUCUGUGUGGUUAUUACCCCAACACGUGAACUUGCAAUACAAAUAGCAGACCAAAUCAAAAUAUUUACGGCUUCGAUGACUGUCGAAGUUGAGCUAGUCAUUGGUGGAAUGGACUUUGUAGAGCAAUCACUGAACUUGAAGAACUUUCCUCAUUUUAUUGUAGCAACUCCUGGAAGACUUGCAUCUCAUCUUGAGACCCCAGAUGACGAACUUAAAACUGCAUUGAGCAAUGUAAAGUAUUUAGUACUAGAUGAGGCUGAUAGGUUCGUUAACGAUGACUGCUUCCUUCCUGAUCUGAAGAUAAUAUUUGAGCACCUUCCAAAAGAAAGACAAACAUUACUUUUCUCAGCAACAGUGACAGAUAAUAUGAAAAAUAGGCCAGAUAUCCUUGAGGGUGUUAUCGGCGAAAUCGAGGAAGAGCAGAAGACUUCUAAAAGUGUUGAAUCCAUCAACCUGAACAUUGAUAUCAGACACACGAUUAAAGGACUGCAGCAGAAGUACUGACUAGUUCCAGAGAGUACCAAGGAAAUUCAUUUGAUAAACUUUUUAAAGAAAAUGAUCAACACAGAUCGAGGUGUUAGGUCUUGAAUAAUUUUUACCUCAACCAUCGAGAAAUGCAAUUUCUUGAAAUUAUUCUUGGAAGAAAUGAAUCAGAAGGCAACUUGUAUUCAUUCUCUGCUACCUCUGCAUCAAAGGAUGAAGAACUUGUUCUUAUUCAAGGCAGAGAGGAUUCCAGUUCUGGUUGCUACUGAUCUUGCUUCAAGAGGUCUUGAUAUUCCUUCUGUGGAUCUGGUCAUCAACUUUGAUGUCCCCGUUGAGCCAAUAGAUUAUGUUCAUAGGACGGGUAGAACAGCAAGAGCUGGUAGAGGUGGUAUGGCUAUCACCUUUAUCACACAAUACGACAUAAAACUUAUCUACAGUAUUGAAGAAUACGCAAGUGUAAAACUUGAAGAAGUCGAUGCUGAGCUCCAAUCAACAGAAGAUCAAGUCCUAGAUGACAUGGCCUUGGUCUCAAAAGUAUCUCAAUCCCUACGUAUAAUGAUCUCAGAAUCCGGUUUUGAAGACAAGCUUGAGCAAUACAGGAAGCAGAAGCAUAAUUUCAAGAACCGAACAUCAGAGAAAGCUGAGAAAGCUAAGAAGAAAUCUAAAAAUAUAUCAGGGUAUCAGCAGAGGAAGAGAAGGAAAGAUUUCAAGCAUAACGGCAAAAAUAAACAGAAGAGAGCCAAAAAAACUGAAUAAUUAUGCUCUAUAUUUCAACUAGG